AUGUUUUGGUUGACCUGGCUCCCGCUGGCGGCUGGCACCUACUCCGCUCUCGUGGAUCAGAUCGAGGAGCAGGCGCGGAAGGCCGUGGAGCUCCACGGAGCGGGCCAAGUGGCGGCGGCGGUGGCCAAGUUGGAAGGGGCAAAGGGGAGCUUUCGCGAGGCCGUGCGCUUGGAUGCGCGCCAGGUGGACGCCUAUGUGGCCUUCGGGCAGGCGAUGCUGAAUACCAACCAACUGCAGGAGGCUGCCGAUGCUUGGGAGAACGCCUCGCAGAGGAUCUCCAGAGAGAAGGAGCCGUCUCUGGCAGCCUGGGUGGAUGGUCGCCUGCGCUGGUCCAAGUACGGCAUGGUGUCCAUGGAAAGGGACCGGAGCUACGCGGAGGGCCAGGGGGACUUGGUGAAAUCUGUGGCGCUCAUCGAACGCCAGCUGGAGAUCUACCCGGACUUCCCCAGCCGUCACCACGACUUGGCCACCACCCACGUCAUGCUCUCCGAGACCCUGGAGGCCGCUUCCACCAGAGCCGUGCAGAGCUUCCGGACGGCUCAGGAGAGGGCGGUUCAAGCCUGGCGCGCCGGGCUCAAGGAGCGCGGUCGGGCCGGGCCGGAGUGCAGUGGCCGGCUGGUGUUCGACUGGGAAGGCGAGUUAGGCGCUGGAAGCGCCCUGGUGUCUGUGGACCCGGUGGUGCGGGGAGUUGAGUGCAGUGGUUGUGAGGACCAUGGGGCCUACGUUGCCACCUUCAAGAAUGUGGGUCUCUCCGGGGACGACGGCGUUAUCGUGGACGAGGUGCGCUGCGCGGUGUUCCUGGGCUCUGCGGGCUUGGCGGUGGACCUAGCGAAGAAUCUGCAGCUCCUGGAGGUGUGGGGGGAUCCCCCCACGCCCUACGCGGACGGGCCUGCCUUCAGGUGGUUCGACUUCUCCUUGGGCCGCGCCCCUCAGCACGGGGCCUGGGAGUCCCCGGUGCGGGUGCCGCGGGCGGCCAGCGUGGUGCAGUUUGCCGGCACCUCUCACUUCCACGUCCUGACGGAGGUGUUUGGCCGGCUUUGGGUGCUGCGGGAGCAUGGCAUCCUGGCGGACGCCGGGGUGCGAGUCGUCAUGCCCAGGGCCGCCGGGUUUUUGGCGGCGGGGUUCAAGGUGCUGACGGAGGGCCUAGGAAUCGCGGAGCGGAUCAUUCAUUGGACCCCGGGGCCCAACGAUGUGCUGCUCAGGGCGGAGACCUUGUACUUUGCAAACUGGCGGGUGCCCGUUCAGUUUGGGAAGGACGGUGGCCACUGCCCCACUCCUCCAGCGGUGCUUCGCAACACUCGCCAGGCCUUGCGGCUUCCCGCGAAGGCUGGGCCUAGGACCUUGGUCUACGUCAAGCGGAAGCGGGGGGACAUGCGCAGCGUGCUGGCGGGCGAGCCUGAGUUCUCCCGGGAAAUCGAGAAGGCUGCGGGCUGGUUGGCUUUCACCUCCUUUGACGGGGGCCUCAAGCCCAAGCAGACCAUUCGGCUCUUCAUGCGGGCGCGGGUGGUUGUGGGAGUCCAUGGUGGGGCGUUGGCCAACAUCCUCUUUUGCCAGGGCGGGACCGAGCUCUUCGAGCUGGGCUUCCGGAACGUCUUCGCGGGGCACUACCGCUUCCUGGCGCAGGCCCUGGGCCUGCGCCACGUCUUGCUGCCGCUGAAGCCGGAUGCGCGGGGCAUGGGCAGCCACGAGGUGGAGCUGGAGGAUCUACCUGGCGCGCUGGAUCAGAUCAAGGCAGCGCUGGAGCGGCCCGAGCUUUGA